AUGCCACACGCAACAAGUGAAACCGAUGCCUCUGCGGACAACCCACGUCGGAUUGUCUUGUGCUUCGACGGCACAGGCAAUCAGUUCCAAGGAAAUGAAUCAGACACAAAUAUCAUGAAGAUUUAUCAAAUGCUGGAUCGGCACGCGCCAGGUCAAUUUCACUAUUAUCAACCGGGCAUCGGGACCUACGUCAAAGGGCAGUCGUCCAGUUCUGGACUGGUUCGAUUCUGGCCCAAGAUCAAAUCCAAAAUCAUCAGUGCUGUUGAUCAAGCAGUUGGCUCCUCGUUUAGCGAUCAUGUCCUUGCCGGCUAUCGUUUUCUCAUGCGCUACUAUUCUGAAGGUGAUCAUAUCUAUAUCUUUGGAUUCUCCCGCGGCGCUUACACUGCACGGUUCCUCGCGGAGAUGGUCCAUGAAUUGGGUCUCCUAUCCAGGGGAAAUGAGGAAAUGGUUCACUUCGCCUGGGAGACGUUCAGCAACUAUGAACAAUCCCGCGGGAAUGACCCUCAGACCGAAAAGGAUCGGGAGCUGAACGAGUUCAUGAAGAAGUUCAAGACCACUUUUUGCCGACUGGGCGUGGGCAUACACUUCCUUGGUUUGUUCGACUGUGUCAAUAGUGUAGGUCAGUUUGAAAUCCCCCUUUUUCGCACGUCGUACCGAUACAUUGCGACGCCAGCCGCAAGAUACAUUCGACAUGCGGUGUCUAUCCAUGAGAGACGGCUGAAGUUUAAGCCCGCCCUCUACAUGAUGGAUAAGAAUGGUCUUGACUCCGACUUCAAGGAAGUGUGGUUUGCAGGAAACCACAGCGACGUGGGCGGUGGCUACAAUCUUCAGAAAGGCCAGAAACAUUUGCUUUCCGAUACGCCAUUGAAUUGGAUGGUCCAGGAAGUCCUGCACCUGGAGGGCUCGGAAAGUAAGCUGGAAUUUCAAACGACUAAUGUCGAAGAUGUUCUGAGAGCUGAAAGUGUCUUUCCUGGGAAGGAGGAGCCGGGGACCAAUGCAUGGGAAGUGAGACAUCGCACCAAUCAGCCCCAUGAUUGUCUCUGGUUUGGACAUGCAUCUGCAUUCCUGAUGGUUCUCUUUUGGUGGAUCCUAGAGAUACUCCCCAUCUUCACGCGAUUAGAGCUGGAGAAAGAAGAAUGGGUUCCUCGAAGGUUCCCACCCAACUUGGGAGCCCCGCGGGAUAUCCCAAAGGAAGCCAAGAUUCAUUCGAGUGUGAACGAGAUGGUCAAAGCUGGGAUUCUAGACAAGGAGUCCAUCCCCAAGAAGGGUGGCGACAAUCCCAACCUGCCCAACCCCGCCAGUGUUGUAUCGACUUUGAAGAGGGCCAGGAAAAGUCUGGCGCGCCCCAAACCACCUCCCGAGGGUCCCGUAGCUGAAACCCUUGAUAAUGAUGAGGGCAAAGUACACGAGACUGGAUCAGUGAAGGGAAUCAAUGGUGUGAAUGGACUAAAUGGAGUAAAUGCCUGA